UUCAGCCCAACAGAGAAGUGUAUUUUUAUGCAGGUAGAUUUAGUAUCGUGGCUGAUGCAAUAUAGUCCUAGCUUGAAAAAAAAGAAAUUCAUUAGGUCUGAAGCGGCGGAAAACAAGACAUACAAAGAUGAAAAUAAUAAGUGAUCGAGGGAAUUUCCAGUCCAUAAAAUUAUUGAUUGCAGCUAAAACAUCUUGUAUCGAUGUAAAAUUUACGGUAGUUAAACCGAAUGAAUUGAUUGUGCCCUAUUUAACAGAACAUAAAUUGCCUAUAUUGGAAGUAAAGCCUGACAAGUAUCUGUUCUCAGUUAAUGCGGCUGUGAGGUUAUUAUUAACAUCAACUGGAAUAGAAAGUAACAGCAUGGAAAUAGAUGAAUGGUUAGAAUGGGAAAGUUCACAACUAUUGCCGUGUGUAUUGUCUGUUCUUUUUGGUAUGGUAGAACUGAAUACUAAAAAUGGUAAACACCCUGAAAGUGUUCUCCAACCUAUUCUUAAUCAUUUAAAUUUAUAUUUACAUAAUAGAAAAUAUAUUGUUGGGGAUAAAUUAUCAUCAGCUGAUGUAGCAAUAUUUGGAACUGUAUAUCCUUUAAUGAUGGCAUUAUUACUAAAAGAUUUUUCAAAUAUUACCUCAUGGAGUCAAAGAUUGUUAACAACAUCUUCUUUUCAAGAUGCUGUUUUUUUAGUAACAAAUAAUGAAGGUCCAUCAUGUUUUAAGGUUACAAAAGCAUUGACUGAAGAGGAAAUAGAUGCUGCUUUUAAAUCAUGGAAAACUGGGGACUCACAUUCUACUAGAUUAAAAGAUAGAAACCAUCCUAUAUUACCAAAAGAAGGAGAGAGAAAUCUACUAAUUGCUAGUGCCUUACCUUAUGUUAAUAAUGUGCCACAUCUAGGUAAUAUUAUAGGAUGUGUUUUAAGUGCUGAUGUAUUCUCAAGAUACUGUAGACAAAGAAAUUAUAAUUGUGUAUAUAUAUGUGGAACAGAUGAAUAUGGAACAGCUACAGAGAAUAAAGCUAUGGAAGAAGGUUUAACUCCACAACAAGUCUGUGAUAAAUAUAAUAAACUACACACUCAAAUAUAUGACUGGUUUAAUAUUUCCUUUGAUUAUUUUGGUCGUACAACUACUAAAGAACAAACAAAAAUUGUACAAGAUAUAUUUUGGAAGGUAUAUAAUGAAGGUUAUGUUAUGAGAGAUAGUGUUGAUCAGCUACAUUGUGAAAAAUGUCAAAGGUUUUUAGCUGAUAGAUUUGUUAACGGUAUAUGUCCGAUGUGUUCAUAUGAUGAUGCUAGAGGUGAUCAGUGUGAUAGAUGUGGUAAAUUAAUCAAUGCUGUAGAACUUAUUCAUCCUAAAUGUAAAACAUGUAAAAGUACACCAACAGUUAAAUCUACAGAACAUCUAUUUCUAGAUUUACCUAAGCUUGAACCACAAUUGCGUAACCAUUUAGACAAAGUUUUUGAAUCUGGUAUUUGGACUCAUAAUGCAAAGGUUAUAACAAAUUCAUGGAUUAGAGAUGGUCUGAAACCAAGAUGUAUUACUCGUGACUUGAAAUGGGGAAUACCUGUUCCAUUGGAAGGAUAUACUGAUAAGGUGUUCUAUGUCUGGUUUGAUGCCCCAAUUGGUUACAUUUCUAUAACAGCUAAUUAUACUCAAGACUGGCAACAAUGGUGGAAAAAUCCACAAAAUGUGGAGUUGUAUAAUUUUUUGGGAAAAGACAAUGUACCAUUUCAUAGCGUUAUAUUUCCAUGUACUUUAUUAGGAGCAAAUGAUAAUUUCACUUUAGUUCAUCAUAUGGUAGCUACAGAAUAUCUCAACUAUGAAGAUACCAAGUUUUCUAAGAGUCGUGGAACAGGUGUAUUUGGUAAUAAUGCUAAGGAUACUGGAAUACCAGCUGAUAUCUUUAGAUUCUAUCUUUUAUUUGUACGACCAGAAUCUCAGGAUACAGCUUUUAGUUGGGAUGAUUUCUUGUUAAAGAAUAACAGUGAAUUACUAAAUAACCUGGGAAACUUUGUCAACAGGGGUUUAGCAUUUGUAUCAAGUAGUUUUGGUGGUGUUAUUCAAGAAAUUCAUCUAACAGAAAAUGAUAUACAGACAGUUGCUUUAAUCAACAGAGAAUUACAGACAUAUAUAAACAACAUGGAGAAUACUAGAUUACGAGAUUCUAUAAGAAACAUAUUGAAUAUAUCUCGACUAGGUAAUCAGAUGAUGCAAUCUAAUAAACCAUGGGUUUUAGUUAAAGGUACAGCAGAAGAAAUAGCUCGAGCUGGUUCUGUGGUCAGUUUAGCAGCCAACAUAUGUUGUUUACUGUCAGUUUUAUUACAUCCUUAUAUGCCUACAACCAGUGAUACUAUAAGAUAUCAGUUAAAUAUUAGAACGGAUGAUAUGGUUAUACACCAACAUUUUAUUUCUACAUUAAAACCUGGACAUGAGAUAGGCAAGCCUAGUCCUUUGUUCCAGAAGAUUGAAGUAUCCACUAUUGCUGAUUUGAAGGAAAAAUAUAAAGGAAAACAAUCUGCAGAAAAGGUGACACAACCUAAAACAGACAAAAGUAUUGCCAUGACUGUUGGGAUAUCAGAAGCUUCUGAUAGUGAAAUAGUUAGCUUAACAGAUGAAGCAACUAAACAGGGUGAUGUUGUAAGAGUACUGAAAUCACAGAAGGCAGAAAAGAGUAAAAUUGAUGUGGAGGUGGCUAAAUUGAUAGAUUUAAAGAAGAGAUUGUCAUUAGCUCAAGGUAUUGAUCCUACUACAGCUAAUAAAAAGAAAGGCAAAAAGAAGUAAAAAAUACAAGACUAAUCUUAAUAUAUCCAAUAUUUAUGUUUAAAAAUAAUUUCAAAAUGCAAUUUUUUUAAGGUCACUUGUUUCAAAGGUAUUAAGAACGAGUUCGCCAGAGAAUCAUGCAAAAUUUAGAAAAACCGUCACAAGCGGUGUCGGGUGAUUUUGACCAAACUUUGCAGAUUUGGUCAUUGGGUACCCCGUAUACCCCACAUGAAAUAUGAGGGUUACCAACCUUGUAAUUAUGGAGAACCAGCUAUAGUCAUUUAAGAGUAAAAAAAACGUCAUUUUUUAAAAAAAAAAUUCCCUAAAUUCAAAUGUUUCCCAUAAAUUGCCUAUUGAUUUUUUAUUUUUUUUAAUUAUUGUCCCCCGCCUUUCGAAGAAAGCAGGGGACUAUUAAAAUGGGUUCGUCCGUCUGUCUGUCUGUCUGUCUGUCCGUCACAGUUUUUGGGACACAAUAACUCUCCUUCUAAUUGACCUAGAAUGUUCAAACUUGGUGUAGGUGUUUAUUAGGUCAAUGCCUUGAUGGAGUUCGAAGAUGAGCAUUUUCGGCUUAGGGUAAGCCGAGAUAAGCAAUUUGAUUGGUUGAUGCUAUGGGACACGAUAACUUUAGUUCUAAUUACGUGAGAGUGAUGAAACUUGGUGUAUAGUUUCAUUACAUCAAUACCUUGACUAAGUUCGACAAUGAGCAUUUUCUGCUCAGAGUAAGCAGAGCGAUAAGCAAUUUGAUUGGACGAGACUUUGGAACACAAUAACUCUCCUUCUAUUUGAGCUAGAAUGUUCAAACUUGGUGUAGGUGUUUAUUAGGUCAAUGCCUUGAUGGGGUGUGAAGAUGAGCAUUUUCUGCUUAGGGUAAGCAGAGAUAAGCAAUUUGAUUGGUUGAUACUUUGGGACACGAUAACUUUAGUUCUAAUUAAGUGAGAGUGAUGAAACUUGGUGUAUAGUUUCAUUACAUCAAUACCCUGACUAAGUUCGAUGAUGAGAAUUUUCAGCUUAGGCUAAGGAGCAAUAAGCAUUUUGAUUGGUUAAGACUUUGGAACAUAACAACUCUUCUUCUAAUUGAGGUAGAAUGUUAAAACUUGAUGUAGAUGUUCAUCUUGACUUAGUUCAAUGAUUAACAUAUCGAGCUAAAGCUAAGAAGAGAUAAGCAAUUUCCAUGGUCGAUGCUUUGGAACAAGAUAACUUUGAUUCUAUCUGAUAGAGAGUGAUGAAACUUAGUGUAUAGUUUAUAAUCAGUUGAUUGCUGGAUACUUUGAAAAAAAAUAGAUGUGCGAUUAAUUAAUAUGUGUCAUCUAUUUAUUUGGGGAUUUCGGCGGGGGACAUCAGCCUCACUGUUGGCUUGUUUUUUUAUGAAUGAUCUUGUCUACUACUUCAAUAUAUAUGACUUUUAAAUUUUUCCAAAACCAUUUGAGGCUAUGAGUCAUGCGGAAUUUAUUUUGAGACGUAGCUUUUGCUAUAUGCUAAAACAUAUAAAUUUCAUGAUGCUAUAUCUCACCCACUGCGGGGCUGAGGACAAUUCUAUUAAUAAUGAAAGUUGAGGACUACUAAUACUAAUAUUUGGUUUUGAAAAAAUGACUGGCAUUGAUUUCUUUCAUAUUAAAUUUAAUGGUCCAACUUGAAGAAAAUGACUUCAUUUUUUACUUCAUUUUUCCAAUAAAAUCAUUCAUUGCCUGGAUUAUUAGGCCAGAUAAUGCCCCAAGCAACCGACUUCCAGCAACCCUGUGUUGGGCCGUAGCUUUUGCUAUAUGCUAAAACAUAUAAAUUUCAUGAUGCUAUAUCUCACCCACUGCGGGGCUGAGGACAAUUCUAUUAAUAAUGAAAGUUGAGGACUACUAAUACUAAUAUUUGGUUUUGAAAAAAUGACUGGCAUGGAUUUCUUUCAUAUUAAAUUUAAUGGUCGAACUUGAAGAAAAUGACUUCAUUUUUUACUUCAUUUUUCCAAUAAAAUCAUUCAUUGCCUGGAUUAUUAGGCCAGAUAAUGCCCCAAGCAACCGACUUCCAGCAACCCUGUGUUGGGCCGUUCAACAUGAUUCAGGAGUUCCACAAGGAUCAGUUCUUGGACCUGUCUUUUCUGUAAUGUAUACUAAGAAUUUAGGACAACUAUGCAGAUGUUACACAGCCGAUCGCAAAUUUUUCCCUUUCAAAAACUGUUCCAUCCCCUAAUUGUACACAUGACAUUAAAGCAUAGAACUAGAAUACUAGUUCUAAGAUUAAAGAUAGGAUGACAAGAAAUAUGUUGAAAUUAAAUUUAAUUGAAUUAAUUAAAUCAAAAUGUAUUUUAUGUGGUCCAAAUACACAUCUGCAAAAAUACAAGUUCAAGUGAUAUGGUUGUACGAGAUGCAAUAUUUGUACCACGAGACACUGAAGAAGUUAGGUGUCAAAUUAAGUGAAAUUUGUCGAAACUGUAAUCUUCGAUCCAGGAACAUUGGCCAUAUAAGACACUUUAUUAGCCAGGAAGCAGCUGCUACACUUUUAUGUUCUUUGGUAUUCUCAAGGAUUGACUACUGUAACAGCCUGUUUGUAGAAACAUCUAGUGCCAAUAUUAAAAAUACCGCAGCUCGAAUUCUUACCAGAUCAUCAAAAUACUCUCAUAUUACUCCUGUUCUGAAAUCACUCCAUUGGCUGCCAAUUCAUGAAAGAAUCAUCUUCAAAAGUCUGUCUUAGACGUAUCAGUGUGUGAAUGGCUUAGCUCAAAUAUACUUAUCUAACCUUAUGCAAAUACAAGUUCCCUCGCGUAACCUCCGGCCGAACACACCUUCAUCAGUUGUGUUGCUCAAGGGGCAAAUUAAAAUCAUUUGGAUAUGGAUCGUGCUCGUUGAAUGCGCCUAAACUGCGGAACAAUCUUCCAGAGAUCAUUAAAUCAUCAUUAAACCCUUUCUUGUUUUACAUCAAGACUUAAAACUCAUCUUGUUAUCAGGAUUAAUUAAAUGAAUUUAAUUGUAUGCGCAGUGGACAUGCCUCUUUACAUAGAGUAUGUGCGCUAUAUAAAUCAGCUGUUCAUUUCCCCAUCUUUUGCACAAAUAAAAUGCGGUUUAGUAGCCAGUUAUCCGAAAGAAACUACAAUAGCAUAUUCCUGAAGCAAUAGCCUGAGAAAUACCGUCUGGCCAUUGCUGGAUUGACUUCUAAUACUUAUAUUUUUAGGGGGAGUGUGUCUAUUCUUCCCGUUGAAUCAAAUCGCUCCUAAGUACAGUCUCGUUUAAUCUGGGGUCUUCCUUAAAACUUUGGACAGUGAUUUAAGGUAUUAAAAAUGGUGGAAGUAUUGUUCAUGUCCAAACAGUAUUGUUUACAUUGUAACCGUUUUGAUAGCCUCAUUUGUCACGCAAUUAGUUUUUCUGCAAUAUUCUGCUAUGCACUGGUUAAUUGGGCGUAAUAAAUUUUGGUUAAUCAUGACGUAACGUUAUGUAAACAUAUUUGGAGCUCUGUUUAAACUCGAAAGAUAUUGUUAUGCACUUGCUAAUCGGACUAUUGACCAGUCAUAAUUUGGAACCGAAAUUUGCUUUCAUUACGGCAGUGUUGAGUGGGAUUAGGUCUAAUCAAGCGAAAAACUGCGGGGAGUAUGCUACAAUAGUGACCUUAAGCUCAUAUACUAUUUGUUUUUGUCUUUUUGAAAUAUCGCUUGAUUCGUUUGUCAAGUAUAGACAGAUGUACAUGACUACUACACUAUUUAGUUUUUAAACUCCCACAUUGAAAUGUGGUCGUAUAUUGUCAUUGCCCCCAUCCGUCCGUCCGUUCGUCUGUCCGGCGUCCACAAUUGCUUGUGGACGCUCUAGAGGCUAAAGUUAAUAUCCGAUUGACUUUAAAUACACAGUGUUUAAGGUCAUGAGACGAAGAAGCCUAUUGAUUUUCAGCGAUUUCCGAUAAUUAAUGCCAGAGUUAAGGCCCUUGAUCACUUCAAAAUAUCUUGUGGACGCUCUAGAGGCCAAAGUUAAUAUCCGAUUGACUAUAAAUUUUACAUAGUGUUUAAGGUCAUGAGACAAAGAAGCCUAUUGAUUUUCAGCAAUUUCCGAUAAUUACUGCCAGAGUUAUGGCUCUUGAUCACUACAAAAAAUCUUGUGGACGCUCUAGAGGCCAAAGUUAAUAUCCUAUUGACUUUAAAUUUAUACACAGUGUUUAAGGCCAUGAGACGAGGAAACCUAUUGAUUUUCUGCGGUUUCCGACAAUUACUGCCAGAGUUAUGGCCCUUUAUCACUUCAAAAAAUUUUGUGGACGCUCUAGAGGCCAAAGUUAAUAUCCAAUUGACUUCAAAUUUAUACACAGUGUUAAAGGUCAUGAGACGAGUAAGCCUAUUGAUCUUCAGCAGUUUCCGACAAUUACUGCCAGAGUUAUGGCUCUUGAUCACUACAAAAAAUCUUGUGGACGCUCUAGAGGCCAAAGUUAAUAUCCGAUUUACUUUAAAUUUAUACACAGUGUUUAAGGUCAUGAGCGAAGAAACCUAUUGAUUUUCAGCGAUUUCUGAUAAUUACUGCCAGAGUUAUGUCCCUUUAUCACUUCAAAAAAACUUGUGGACGCUCUAGAGGCCAAAGUUAAUAUCCGAUUGACUUAAAAUUUAUACACUGUGUUUAAGGUCAUGAGACGAAGAAGUCUAUUGAUUUUCAGCGAUUUCUGAUAAUUACUGCCAGAGUUAUGGCCCUUGAUCACUUCAAAAAAUCUUGUGGACGCUCUAGAGGCCAAAUUUAAUAUCCGAUUGACUUUAAAUGUAUACACUGUGUUUAAGGUCAUGAGACGAAGAAUUCUAUUGAUUUUCAGCGAUUUCUGAUAAUUACUGCCAGAGUUAUGGCCCUUGAUCACUUCAAAAAAUCUUGUGGACGCUCUAGAGGCCAAAGUUAAUAUCCGAUUGACUUUAAAUUUAUACACUGUGUUUAAGGUUAUGAGACAAAGAAGCCUAUUGAUUUUCAGUGAUUUCCGAUAAUUACUGCCAGAGUCAUGGUACUUGAUCACUUCAAAAUAUCUUGUGGAUGCUCUAGAGGACAAAGUUAAUAUACGAUUGACUUAAAAUUUAUACAGUGUUUAAGGUCUUGAGACAAACAAGUAUAUUGAUUUUCAAUGAAUUUUGAUAACUUUAACAGCUAAAUCCAUGAUAUUAAAUGUUUCUUAUACUAAAUGUUAGCUUGGGGCAGAACUUUAUAAAAACCAAACAAAUUCUAAUGAUUUUCUGAUAGUUACUUCAUGAGUUGUUACUCUUAAUCAGAUUUUAGUUUAUUAUAAAUUUUUCAUCACCGAAAGAAAGUAAAAAUAUGCGACAACUCUUGUUGGCUGCCCAGACGAUUUAGCUCCUGUGGGCGUAUGUUUCGUUGCCUGGCAACUUAUCUUUACGAUUUGCUGUUCAAAAAUUCAUCAUCCUUCUACUAGAUCAUGAGAUUAUAUUGCCGAAUUAAUAAAAUGUUGAAAAAUAGUCUAGGGAGGUUAAUUGUAUUUACCAAGAACAGCUCUUUUGGCAUUUACAGUAUAUUAAGCUUUUCAAAAUUUUAACGGUGUAAUUGUGAGCUCAGUUUUCAUGAUUAGAUACUUAUUAGACAGAUAAACAGAUAGAAAGAUAGAUAGAUAGAUGAUUAGUUAGAUAGUAGAUAUUUUUUAAUUUGAAAUACUUAUUGGUAAGUAUUUGUAGUUUUGAUAAUGGAACAUUUUUUAAACGUGAAUUAUUUGAUGAAAGUAUAUAGUGUGUUUAUAUUUACUUGUUUAUUUCUAUUUCUAUUAUGGCUUGCUGUUAAUUGAACCGGAACCCACGUUAAUUUGGUUUCCAGUGCCAUGUUACACUUUUCAGUGUGUAAAAAAUGCGGUUUAUGUUUCGUCAUUUUUGUUGAAAAUCUUUAUUUUUGGACAAAAAUGGAAAUUAUUUACCCCUAAACGGGUCGAGUGCCACCCAAUUUUUUUAUUGAUCUUAAUACUAUAGAUCAUUGCCUUUUCAGUCAGCAUUCCAAAAAAAUACUUAAACCCGCAGUGGGUGAGAUAUAGAUAGAAUAAAAUGACAUACCUAAAUUGAGCUAUUUUGGUACCUUGCAGCACUAAGUCUCUAUACCAAAGACUGCUCAAUGAAAGUCCAUCAAACUUUCAGAAUGUAUACUUACUAACCAUAUCUGCUACCCUAUAAAGUUUCACUAAUCUACUCGCCGUAGUUUAAUUGUAAGCCAUAAUUGAAAAGUGGCCUAAAAAUGAUGAUUUUUGUCUUUUUUCGGUCUUAAAAUUGUGGCAGUGGGGUUUGGAGGGGUUACCCAUCAUACAUAAAAAAAUGGUGAAAAUCGGUCACUCACCAUGUGCCGGUCCCUGCAUGGUUUUCUCGCAAACGCAUUCUUUAAAGGUCCUGAUCAAUGUCCAUGUUUUGUCAGUAAAAAUAUUAACCUCUUCAAGGAUAUAGAACUAAAAACAAAAUGACUGAAAGUAAGUUAUGACAUCAAAGGAAUGAUUAGGUUUUAAUAGUACUUCUAUGCUUAUUAAGCCUAGUGCUGAAUGGAAUUAUGGUUUGGACUACAUAUUGCAUUUUACAGAUUCUACAUGUUAAACAGUAAAUGACAUAACUAGCACACAGUUGACAAGAGUCUCUCAUUUUAAAUGAUUUCAUGUCUUUACUGGUUAUUUCUUGAAUUGUACAAAUUCUAAUGUAGUUUGAAUGUUUUUUAAAGAGAGAGAGAACUGGGGUUUAACCUCCACUUGCCACAAUGUCAUUUUGGGAAUAACAAGAUUCGAUUUUAUUUUAAUAAUUCACUUGCGCGUAGGUGCACUGAGCAGUGGUAGGAAACCCACAUGUUUGGAGAAGUGACCAUACUCACAUCGAAACCAAUUCCUGGAUCGAAACCAUACCACUUGUCUCAGUGACGGACCGUAUGAUAUAAAGCGCACACAUUCAGCCCCUCAACCCCUUAAUUCGGUUUGACGCUUUAAAUUAGUUAAAUCCAGGAAGUUUAAAAAUCAUUCAAUCAUGCAUAAUUUUCGUUACUUGUAAAGUUCAUUUCAACAUUUUUAUACGUCCAAAUUCAUAAUGUGGACAUAUAUUACCUUUGCCCCUGUCUGUGAAUUGCCUACAGGCCGCAAUUCUUAACUUUGCACACUUAUUGUCCCAUGCCUUUCAAACAAAGCAGGAGACUUUUAAAAUGGGUUCGUCAGUCUGUCUGUCCGUCCGUCUGUCCGUCACACUUUUUGCGACACAAUAACUGCCCUUCUAAUUGAGCUAGAAUGUUCAAACAAGGUGUAGGUGUUUAUUAGGUCAAGGCCUUGAUGGAGUUUGAUUAUAAACAUGGUAUGCUUACGGUAAGCAGAGAUAAGCAAUCUGAUUGGUUGAUGCUUUAGGACACGAUAACUUUAAUUAUAAUUGAGAGUGAUGAAACUCCGAGAAUUUUCUGCUUGGGCUAAGGAGCGAUAAGGAAUUUGAUUAGUCAAGACUUUGGAACAUAACAACUCUGCUUUUAAUUGAGGUAGAAUGUUUAAACUUGAUGUAGAUGUUCAUUAAAUUUUUAUCCGAUCUCAAUAAAACUUGAAAUAUAGGUUUAUCACACCAAGAUCUUGGUUCCUUUCGAUAUUGGCAUGUAACUUCUUGGAUUAUGGUCCUUGAUUGUACGAAAAAUCACGUUUUUAGCUUGUGAACACAAUUUUUAUCCGAUUUGGUUUAAACUUGAAAUGUGUGUUUAUAACCCACAGAUCUCGGUUCCUUUUGAUAUUCGCGCCUAUCUGAUCAUAACUUCCUGAAUUAUGGCCCCUGAUUGUACGAAAAAUCGCGUUUUUAGCUUGUGGACCCUAUAGCGGUCAUAAUUUUUAUCCGAUUUAAAAAACUGUAUUAUUAUUUCACCGUUACACCCUAAGGACGGCUGAGUUCGAAUUUCGUGAAAAUCGGUCCAAAACUAACAGACAAAAUGGCCGUCCUUCGUUCUCAAAUAGCGUAAAAAUAUGGUAUAUCAAGGUUGUGGACCCUAUAGAGGUCACAAUUUUGAUCCGAUUUUGUUGAAACUUGAAAUGUAAGUUUAUAACCCAAAGAUCUUGGUUCCUUUCGAUAUUCGUGCAAAUCGGACCGUAACUUCCUGAAUGAUGGACCCUGAUUGUAAGAAAAAUUGCGCUUGUGGACCCUAUAGAGGUCAUAAUUUUUAUCCGAUUUAAAAAAUCGUUUUAAUAUAUCACCGUUACACCCUAAGUACGUCUGAGUUCGAAUUUCGUGAAAAUCGGCCCAAAACUGAAAGACAAAAUGGCCGCCCCUCGUUCUCAAAUAGCGUAAAAAUAUGGUAUAUCAAGGUUGUGGACCCUAUAGAGGUCACAAUUUUUAUCCGAUUUUGUUGAAACUUGAAAUGUAAGUUUAUAACCGAAAGAUCUCAGUUCCUUUCGAUAUUCGCGCAUAUCGGACAAUAACUUUCUAAAUUAUGGCCCCUGAUUGUAUGCAAAAUCGCGUUUUUAGCUUGUGGACCCUAUAGAGAUCAUAAUUUUUAUCUGAUUUGAAAAACCAAAUUUUUUUAUCACCGUUACACCCUAAGGACGACUGAGUUUGAAUUUUGUGAAAAUCGGCCCAAAACUGACAGAUAAAAUGGACGCCCUUCGUUAUCAAAUAGUGUAAAAAAAUAUGGUAUAUCAAGGUUGUGGACCCAAUAGAGGUCACAAUUUUUGAAAUGUAAGUUAAUAACCCAAAGAUCUUGGUUCCUUUCGAUAUUUGGCAUAUCAGAUAGUAACUUCCUGAAUUAUGGCCAUUGAUUGUACGAAAAAUCGUGUUUUUAGCUUGUGGUCUUUGUAGAGGUCACAAUUUUUAUCUGAUUUAAAAAAAAAUGUGUGAAUAUAUCACCAUUACACACUAAGAUCAUGGAUUGUUUUGAUAAUCGCAGAUACCCAAACUUAACUUCCUGAAUUAUGGCCCCUGAUUCUCUAGAGGUCACAAUUUUUUUUCGAUUUUAAAAACCGUUUAAAUAUUUCACCAUUCCACCAUAAUGAAGGUUGAAUUCUAAUUUCGGGAAAAUCGAAAUGAAACUGCCCAACAAAAUGGCCGCUCUUUGUACGCAAAUUGUGUAAAAGUAUGCAAUACGAAUGGUUGUCGGGCCGUUUAGAGGUCACAAUUUUUGUCCGAUUCUGAAGAAAACUUAAAUCAUAUCUUUAUAUCCCAAAGAUCUCAGUCCCUUUUGAUAUCUGCUCAUUUAAGACCAUAACUAACUGGAUUAUUGCCCCUGAUUGUACAAAAAAUCCUGUUUCUUUGUACCUUGUUCUCUAUCCAUCUCUUGCAAAUUGUGGGCGUAUCCUGCCUGGCAGCCGCUGGUUGUAUUUGUUUGUCAUCUCCAGGCCACAUUGAUUUACGAAUCAUCUUGCAACUCUGCAUACUUAUUCCUUAUACCCAAAGGAUGAUCCCUAUUGUUUUUGGUGCAUGCACAACCCCCAGGGGUAGAGCCAUGCACAGUUUUUAUACGCCCACAUGGAAAUGUGGUCGUAUAUUGCCGUCGCGUCCGUCCAUGGUCCACAAUUUCUUGUCAACACUCUACAGACUACAUUUAUCAUCUGGUUGAUUUGAAAUUGAUGUAUGUUGUUUGCUUUGGUGAGAUGAAGAAGCCUAUUUAAUUUCAAUAACUUCCGUUAAUUUCUUCUGGAGUUAUGUCGUGAGUUAUGGCCCUUCUUUCACGUUGUUGUACCUUGUAAAUGCUCUAACGACAAAAGUUAUUAUCUGAUCUGUAUGAAAUUUAUAUGUAUCAUUUAAAUUAGUAAAACAAACAAGCCUAUUGAGUUUCAGCAAAUUUCCGAUAAUUACAUCUAGAGUUAUGGCCCUUCUUUAACUUUGUUGAAUCUUGUGAACGCUUGAACAACAAAAAUUAUCACCUAAUCUGUAUGAAAUUCAUAUGCACCAUUAAAUUAGUGAAAUGAAGAAGCCUAUUGAAUGUCAGCAAUUUCCGUCAAUUACGUCUAGAGUUAUGGCCCUUUAUUUACUUUGUUGAACAUUGUGAACGUUCGAACGAAAAAAGUUAUCAUCCGAUCUGUAUAUGCAUUAUUUGAUUUAGUAAAACGAAAAAGCCUGUUGAAUUUGAACAAUUUCUGUAGAUUACUUCCAGAGUUACGGCCCUUGUUUUAGUUUUUAGAACCUUGUGAACCCUCAAACGACGAAAAUUAUAAUGUCAUCUGUAUGAAAUUGUCUAUUAAAUUCCCCUAAUUACCUACAAAAGAUAAAUAUGUGACAUCCCUUGGCGACCGCCCGGACGAUUUAGCUGCUGUGGGCGUAUGUUUUGUUGCCUGGCAACCUAUCUUUGUAUUUGUUUGCUUUGUCAUCUAAAGGCCGCAUUAAUUUACAGACCAUCUUGCAACUUUGCAUACUUAUUCCUUAUACUCCAAGGAUCAUACCUAUUGUUUUUGGUGCAUGCCCAACCCCCAGGGGCCGAGCCACGCUCAUUUUCUCUUUCUUUAAUGGAUCGUCUUGGAAACCUUUCAUACUUAUUCUUUAUAGCCUAUGACCUCAUUUAUUUUUGGUGCAUGCCUGGGAAAGAGUCGCGCCCAAUUUUUGUUUGUGUGUGUCGCCUACAGGCCGCAAUUCUUAACAGAUUAUUUUUGAAACUUUGCUUAACUAUUCCUUAUACCCUAAGGAUGAUCCCUAUUGUUUUUGAUGACUGCCCGAUUCCCAGGGGCAGAGCCACACCCAUUUUUAUACGCCUACACUGAAAUAUGGUCGUAUAUUGUUGUCGCCCUCGUCCCUCUGGUGGUCUGGCAUCCACAAGCUCUAGAGGCUCUUGAUCACUUUGAAAAAAUCUUGUGGACGCUCUAGAGGCUAAAGAUAAUAUCCGAUUGACUGUAAAUUUAUACACAGUGUUUAAGGUCAUGAGACAAAGAAGCCUAUUGAUAUUCAGCGAUUUCAGAUAAUUACUGCCAGAGUUACUGCCCUUGAUCACUUUGAAAAAUCUUGUGGAUGCUCUAGAGGCAAAUGUUAAUAUUUGAUUGACUGUAAAUUUAUACACAGUGUUUAAGGUCAUGAGACGAAGAAGCCUAUUGAUUUUCAGCGAUUCCCGAUAAUUACUACCAGGGUUAUGGCCCUUGAUCACUUCAAAAAAUCUUGUGGACGCUCUAGAGGCUAAAGUUAAUAUCCAAUUUACUUUAAAUUUAUACACAGUGUUUAAGGUCAUGAGACGAAGAAAUCUAUUGAUUUUCAGCGAUUUCCAAUAAUUACUACAAGAGUUAUGGCCCUUGAUCACUUCAAAAAAACUUGUGGACGCUCUAGAGGCCAAAGUUAAUAUCCGAUUGACUUUAAAUUUAUACAUAGUGUUUAAGGUGAUGAGACAAAGAAGCCUAUUGAUUUUCAGCGAUUUCAAAUAAUUACUGCCAGAGUUACUGCCCUUGAUCACUUUGAAUAAUCUUGUGGACGCUCUAGAGGCAAAAGUUAAUAUCUGAUUGACUUUAAAUUUAUACACAGUGUUUAAAGUCAUGGGAUGAAGAAAUCUAUUCAUUUUCAGCAAUUUUCGAUAAUUACUGCCAGAGUUAUGGCCCUUGAUCACUUCAAAAAAUCUUGUGGACGCGCUAGAGGCCAAAGUUAAUAUCCGAUUGACUUUAAAUUGAUAGUCAUUGAUACACAGUGUUUACGGUCAUGAGACAAAGAAUCCUAUUGAUUUUCAACUAUUUCAGUUAUGGCCCUUGAUCACUUUGAAAAAUCUUGUGAUUCGCUAGAGGCUUAAGUUAUCAUUAGAUUGACUUCAGAUUGAUACACAGAGUUUAAGAUCUUCAGACGAACAAGUAUAUUGAUUUUCAAUGACUUGAACAGCUAAUAUCCGAUUGACUUUAAAUUUAUACACAGUGUUUACAGUCAUGAGAUGAAGAAUCCUAUUGAAUUUCAACGAUUUCCGAUAAUUACUGCCAAAGUUAUGGCCCUUGAUCACUUUGAAAAAUCUUGCAACGCUCUAGAGGCUAAAGUUAUCAUCUGUUGACUUGAACAGCUAAAUCCAUGACAUUAAAAGUUUCGUAUACUAUACGUUAUCAUGGGGCAAAACUUUAUAAAAACCAAACAAAUUCUAAUGGUUUUCUGAUAAUUACUUAAUGAGUUGUUAGUGUAUUAUAAAUGCUUCAUUACUGAAGAAAGUAAAAAUAUGCGACAUUCAGGCUUUUCUUAUUUUAAAAUAUUUCUUUGUAACUUUCAUAAUCUUUUAGCAUUAAUCCAUACGAAGAAAAUGUAAGUAAAAAUUAUUGUGUAACAUGGGCAGUUGCUAAGAAAUAGUCAAUUUUGCAUGAGUCACUUUUUAUGUUAUUUUUCCUGUAGAUGCCUCAAUUGUUAUUGGAUUUUCAUAAAAUUGACACCAUUUGAUGUCUAAUGUCACUUUUGUCUAGGUCAAACCUAUUUAACAUUUUAACUGUAACUGUAUUUUUAGCCUUUAAAACAAAUAUUUUAUUCAACUGAGUAGUAUUUGUUAGUAUUUGUUAAUUGUUUAUAAUUAAGAUAUUUGAUUCCAAUCAAGAAGUAGACGAUUUUCUACAAGUCACUUUUCAAGGUUUGGUACAUAAAAGUGUCAAUUAUUAUUUGAUUUUUAUAAAAGUUACACCAUGUGAUGCCUUAUGCCAUUUAUGAUUUCAUAAAUCUAAUUUAACAUUUUCAUUAUCACCGAAAGUAAUGUCAUUUUGGCAAAAAAUCUAUUUUUAGCCUUCAAAACAAAUAUUUUGCAAUGGACAUAUAGAUAGGAUCAAUAGGAUCAUAUAGAUGUUAAAAAAUUGCUACUAGCAUCUUCCAUUGCCGAGAAAUAACCAAUAACCACGCUCCAUGGUGCAGAUUCUCAACUUUUUUUCUCCCGGUAAAGUUUUCUGCCGGCACCGUAAGUGGCGUAAUUUUGCCAAAAACUUCAACCUUGUUUCACUUUGUUGCACCUUUCACUUUAAUGACAAAAGUUAUCAGAUCUGUAUUAAAUUUAUUUGCAUUAUUUAAAUUAGUGAAACAAAGAAAUUAAGCCUAUUGAAUUUUAGCAAUUUCCGUUAAUUAUACCUAGAGUUAUGGCUCUUGUUUCACUUUGUUACACCUUGUAAAUGCUCUAACAUCAAAAGUUAUCGGCUGAUCUGUAUGAAAUUUAUAUGCAAUAUUUGAAUUAGUGAAACAAAGAAGCCUAGUGAAUUUCAGCAGUUUCCCUUAAUUACUUCUAGAGUUAUGGCCCUUGUUUCACUUUGUUGCACCCUGUGAAUGCUCUAACAAGGAAAGUUAUCAUCCAAUAUGUAUGAAAUUUGUAUGCAUCAUUUAGAUUAGUGAAUGAAUAAGCCUAUUGAAUUUCAGCAAUUUCUGUUAAUUACUUCUCGAGUUAUGGCCUUUGUUUCAUUUUGUUGAACCUUGUGAACAUUUGAAUGUCAAAAUUUAUCAUUUAAAUUAGUGAAAUAAGGAAGCCCAUUGAAUUUCAGCAAUUUAAGUUAAUUACUUCUAGAGUUAUGACCCUGGUUUCCCUUUGUUGCACCUUGUGAACGCGCUAAUAUCAAAAUCUGUACGAAAUUUAUAUGCGUCCUUUAAAUUAGUAAAUAGAAGAAUCCUAUUGAAUUUGAGCAAUUUCGGGUCAUUAUGUCUGGAGUUAUGGCCCUUGUUUCACUUUGUAGAUCCUUGUGAACCCUCAAACGAAGAAAAUUAUAAUAUGAUCUAUAUAAAAUUGUUUUGUAAAUGCCUACAAAAGAAUAAAUAUGCGACAACCUUUGUCGACCGCUUGGACAAUUUAGCUGCUGUGGGUGGGUGUAUGUUUCCUUGCCUGGCAACCUAUCUUUUGUUAAUAUUAGUCUGUAAAUUUAGCAAAACAAACCCAACUCCUAACCUUUUUUGCCUCUUGUCAUAUUACAGUUAUUGCAGCCAUUUCAUAUUUCACUCUCUUCAUUUUAAAAAGUACCAUAUCAAUCAAACCAGGAAUGUGGACGUAUAUUUGUACGGUACUGAUGCUCUAUUACGGUUAUGAUAUAAGCUAAUCUUUCACAUUAUGUAUCUAAGUCCAUGACACCAUCAUUCCUAUGGUGUCAUAACUGACUUCCAGUCAUUUUUUUACGCCAACAUUCGAGACAUCACCCUGUCCGUCGGCCUGUCAACAAUUUGCUUGUGAACGUGAUAGAAGCUGGGUUUUUUUUUGACAGAUUCUUGUCAAAUUUGUUGUGAAUCAUUGUGGUCAUGAGAGGAUAAAACCUGUUGAUUUUCAGUGUUCAAUGACUUUUCAUUCCAGAGUUUUGACCCUUUUUUUGAAAACCCUGUGAAUGCAAUAGAGGCUAUAGCUUUCAACAGAUUUUCUUCAAAGUUGUUGUGGUCAUGAAAGGACAAAAUCUCUCAAUUAUUAGCGUUCUGUGACUUUCCAUUCUGGAGUUAUUCCCCCUUUGGCAAAAACCUUGUGAACACUAUAGCGGCUGUGGUUUUUGAUAGAUUAUUUACAAAUUUGGUGUGAAUCAAAUCCAAAUUCAUUAAAUUUUAAAAAUUUACUGUUGGAAACGCGUUUUGCGAGCAUUUCAAAAAAGAAACUGCAGAAAGGCAAUUCCCCCUCAGUAUUUCAGAAGAAGAAUCUGCAGAAAGGCAAUUCCCCUUCUUCACAGACAUUGAAACUCAAAAUUAGUCACGACCUCAUGGCAACUGGAUGACUGUUGAAAGCAUCAAGUGACCCCAUAUUUGGGAACCCCAGACAUAAAGAUUAGAUUUCUUGAAGCAAUCCUUAUCAAAUGUGGUGAAUAACAAUAGCUUCAGUCUAUGGCUAUUGUUUUAUGGAACCAAAGCUGCUGCAUGGAUGCAUUUACACCCCUUUGGGUGGUUAUGUUUUUUUUUACCAAUAAUACCAAUAUUGAAGAUGUAAAUAUUAAAAUUAUAUUUGCCUGUUGAAAUAACUAAAAAUAGUGAUUUGUUAAUAUGGGUACUAUCGGUUUUAACAAUAUCAGAUACUGACAGACACAAUUACUGAUAGUGACGUAGAUGAAAAUAUUGCCCAUUAAAGUGCUUUGAAUGUCAUGAUAAUUAAUGUAAAUACAUGUCAUUGUUAGUCUGGAAAUGCACGGUAUUAUUUUAACGUGGAAUCCAAAACAAACAUGAUGUUAUUGGGUGGUCACAUUUGUCUAUUGAACUGAAUUAUUUGUUGUAAGAUUAAUUAAUAAAGUAUGAUCAUGA